AAGGGGGCGCGGCUGAGGUCACUUCCGGUGGGUGACGGUGCGGACGGGUCACGGGCGCUGAGGAGGCGGCGGCAAAAUGGCGGCGCCUGAGGAGCGGGAUUUAACGCAGGAGCAGACGGAGAAGCUGCUGCAGUUCCAGGAUUUGACUGGCAUUGAAUCCAUGGACCAGUGUCGACAGACCCUGGAACAGCACAACUGGAAUAUAGAGGCAGCCGUACAGGACAGAUUGAAUGAACAAGAGGGGGUACCGAGGGUCUUCACCCAGCCCCCCGCCCGGCCUCUGCAGGUGAACACAGCAGACCACCGGAUCUACAGCUACGUCGUUUCCCGGCCGCAACCCAGGGGCCUGCUAGGCUGGGGUUAUUAUUUGAUAAUGCUUCCGUUCCGCUUUACGUACUACACGUUACUCGAUAUCUUUAGGUUUGCCCUUCGCUUCCUCCGCCCGGACCCCCGCAGCCGGGUCACCGACCCCGUCGGGGACAUCGUGUCGUUCGUGCACACGUUCGAAGAGAAGUACGGGCGGACGCACCCGGUCUUCUACCAGGGGACCUACAGCCAGGCCCUGAACGACGCCAAGCGGGAGCUGCGCUUCCUGUUGGUGUAUCUGCACGGGGACGACCACCAGGACUCGGACCACUUCUGCCGCAACACGCUCUGCGCCCCUGACGUGGUGGCCCUCAUCAACACGAGGAUGCUCUUCUGGGCGUGCUCCACAAACAAGCCGGAGGGCUACCGGGUGUCCCAGGCCUUGCGAGAGAACACGUACCCAUUUCUGGCCAUGAUUAUGUUGAAGGAUCGGAGGAUGACCGUCGUGGGAAGGCUCGAGGGCCUCAUCCAGCCCGACGACCUGGUCAACCAGCUGACCAUCAUCAUGGAGGCCAAUCAGACACACCUGGUGUCUGAGCGCCUGGAGAGGGAAGAGAGGAACCAGACUCAAGUGCUGAGGCAGCAGCAGGACGAGGCCUACCUGGCCUCCCUCCGGGCCGACCAGGAGAAGGAGCGGAAGAAGCGGGAAGAGCGGGAGCAGAGGCGGCGCAAGGAGGAGGAGGUCCAGCAGCAGAAGCUGGCGGAGGAGAGGCGGCGGCGGAACCUGCAGGAGGAGAAGGAGCGCAAGUCCGAGCACCUGCCCCCUGAGCCGUCCCCAGACGACCCCGAGAGCGUGAAGAUCAUUUUUAAGCUGCCCAACGAUUCCCGCGUGGAGCGAAGAUUCCACUUCUCCCAGUCGCUCACGGUAAUCCACGACUUCCUGUUCUCCUUGAAGGAGAGUCCGGAGAAGUUUCAGAUCGAGGCCAAUUUCCCCCGCCGCGUGCUGCCCUGCCUCCCGUCCGAGGACCAGCCCAACCCUCCCACCCUGCAGGAGGCCGGACUCAGCCACACCGAAGUCCUGUUCGUUCAGGACCUCACGGACGACUGACGCCGUCGUCCCCUGCCCCCCUUCCCCCCGCCCUCCCCCUCUCCUCUGCCCCCAAACAGAACGAAGGAAUGGAGAACGAAAAAAAAAGAGAGAAAAUUCAUAUUAUUAUUAUUAUAAUACAAUAUUUUUUUUAAAAAGACUGCUGCCGCCCUCCGGAGAGAUCGGAACCCACACUGCCUGCGAGAGGGACCCCCACUUCCUCCCCGCCCCUUCCACUCGGACCAGCCCGGGACCUUGCGGUGUCCGUUCUGCCUCGCUUUUUCCGGAAAAAUAACUCUAAAGCCCCCGGCGCCCGUCUUCCCUGCAACUCCCCCGCCCCCCGGGACGGGCGGAUGGAGACAGGGAAGGGGGCGGGCAGAGAGAAGCCUCCCCUCCAGCUCCUCACCAAGAGACAAGCGUUCUCCUUUUUCUGUUGCUUUGUAAUGACCAAAGGAACGGGGCCGGCCUGGGUGUCUUUUUUUUCCCCUCAUUUUAUUUGAUAAAAAGCCAAUUCCGAAGCACGCGAGUUCUCUGUGCACGGGACCGGCUCCGUCCUCGGUGAGCUGAAGCAGCGCCCCCACCCCGAGGAGGGGCCGUUGUCGGUUGCCUUCCUCUCCGGGGGCGUCUCUUAUCCUUGCCCCCUUCCCCGGCCUGCCCGACCGAGGAUGACUGGACGUGCCCGUGGCUCGCACCCGACACCCCACGGCGGGCCCGGGCCAUGACUGCCGGAGACGGGGGUGGGGAUGUGCCCUCCCUCCCUUCUCCCCGGCCCCGCUGGCUUCGGCAGACAGAAGGUCGCGUCGUCUGUGGGCCCGAGAGCCGCCGGGCGUGUUUUGGGAGGUGAGGAGGGAGCGCGGACCCAGAAUCUGGCUGACGGGAGGCGCGGGGAGCCCUCGGGGAGGGAGCGUCCGGCCCUCAGUCAGGGCGAGUUUCUGGACGAGGUGUCCCCAGUGGGCCGGGGGCGCUGUAGGUCAGGCCCCUGAGAACUGGGAAGGUUAUCUUGGUUCCUUCCGUUGAGAAGGGUAGGUGGCAUUACUAGCAGGGUCUGGCCUGAGGAAGAGGUGCCUUUGAAGGUCUAAACUCUUUGGGUUUUCAAACGUCAAAGCUCCCCUUCCUUUCGGGAACGCGACCCUAAGGCACCCCUCAUCCUGGGGCCUUGACCCCCUAGUAAUUAUGAGGGAGAGCGGGGGUGGGUAACGUGGAGCUGCCAUCUUGCUUUGGUUUAGGCGGAGGAGGCUAAACAAUCCUGCCGUCUCGGGGGUCCACCCACAACCCCUUCCCCCAAAUCUCGCCACCCUGGGGGUCAUCGUCCUCGCCCCAGGGGAGCCAGCCACGAUCCGCCUCCCCUCCACACCAGUGUGAUCUGCCCUUGCCCCGGGAGGGCAGGGCGGGGGAACCCCACAGCUCACCCGAGAAGACGUCACGGGGGAAGGAGUCAUCGGCUCUCACCGGCCAACCCACCUCCCGGACAGCGCUGCCGCUAGACCGCGUGGGAGCCCUCCGAGAGGGCCGCCGCCUCCAGCCGGGCGCGCCCUUCCGGCCGUCUGCAGGUACCCGAUCCCCAUCCCGCACGACUCCCAAGGAAGCGUCGUCCUCCUUGUGCCCGUCUCUGCUGCGGAGUUGGAACGGCAGGGAACCAAGAGAACAAGAUGACACCUAUCCUUUUUUUUUUUUUUAAUGAAAAAAAAAACAACUCGCGUUAUGAUAUAAAAGGAUGUCCACCGUCAACCGAGCGGUCGAGAUGAAACUUUAUCCAGGGCGCCGAGGGCUAAAGGCACCCGUGGAAAACCGGCGGUAGAGCCAACUUCCCCGCUUGGGUCCUCGAGCAAGGGGCUCCGCUUCAGAGCCCCGUUUCCGAGGCGGCGGGCGGGGAAGGUAGCCCUCGCUGUUCCCGGGCUCUACCCCUUCCCAUCCUGCACCCGAAGAGUUAUGCGGGGAUGGACUGAGUCAAUCGAGUGUACUUUCAGAUUUUUUCCAUAAAGAUUACAUUGUAUUGUAGGUUAACAUUAAAUGUUUUAUAACAAAAGUUCCAGCA